AUCGCGUCGCCGUAACUGUUCAGUGUUGUUGUCUCCAAAGGGCGUCGCUUAUAUGUACGAAAGCACCGAUGGCACCAAUAAUUCUGUAUGAUUACGAUAACAGCCCUCCGUGCACCCUUGUGCGGAUUGUAGCUCGCCUGGUAGGUGUGGAGCACAAGAAAAUAAAGCUGAAGAGUAUUACGAAAGAAAUGGCUUCUCCGGAGAUGACACAGAAAAAUCCGCAACGCACAAUUCCAACGCUGGACGACAACGAUUUAGUUAUUACUGAAAGCCGUGCCAUUGCAAUGUAUCUCAUAUCAAAAUACGGGAAGGACGAUUCUCUAUACCCAAGGGAGCCUCAAAAGCGAGCUCUUGUUGAUCAGAGGUUGUUUUUUGACUUUGAUAUUUAUGGAGCUGUGGAAAAUAUCUGGGUUUCAGUUAUGUCUGGAAAACCACCAGGCCAGAGACAUGUGGAUAAAAUAAACGAUGGGCUGGAAACUUGGAACAAAAUGCUUGAUGGAAAACAAUGGCUCGCCGGGGAGAAUGUGACACUGGCUGAUUACUCUGCUGCUAUGGUCGUGAUAACAACACAGGUUAUUCCAAAAACGGAAUUUAAUCCAUAUAAGUACAAAAAUAUAGUUGAGUGGCUUUCACGAAUUGAGAGUUGUAAUCAAACAUAUGUAGAAGAGGUGAAAGUGUUCCGUGAAGCCAUGAAAGCUUUUCUAGAAAAGCCUAAAUAAAAAAAAUUAUAAUAUAUGUAUCAACCAUUGUGUUGCAUACAUUUAAACAAUAAAAUUUUGUAUUAAAA